AUGAUAACUUAUUUACUAUUUACGUUUAUGCUUACAAGCGUAGCUUGUGAAACUGAAAAGAAACCAAACUUCGUCGUAAUUUUAACAGACGAUCAAGACGUAGUACUCGGUGGUAUGAACCCUAUGAAGAACGUGCAACGUUUCAUCAGUGAUAAAGGCGUCACUUUUACGAAUGCCUACACAACGUCACCAAUUUGCUGUCCAAGUCGCGCAAGUUUCCUCACGGGGCUGUACGUUCACAACCACUUGAUAAUGAACAAUAGCCUCAGUGGUGGGUGUUACGGCCGUUCCUGGAAAUCCUUGGAGGCGCAGACAUUUGCCGUCACGCUGUCCGAAGCCGGGUACAAUACAUUCUAUGCUGGAAAGUAUUUAAACCAGUAUGGCGUAAAGGCAGCUGGUGGUCCUGAGCAAGUUCCUCCCGGCUGGAAGGAAUGGUACGGUCUGGUCGGAAACUCUGUUUAUUACAACUUCACGUUGUCCAAUAACGGCGUCCCAACGUACUCCACCGAUCUCUACCUCACUGAUAUCAUAAGAGACCUUAGCAUCGGCUAUAUAGAAAAUCAAACACAAUCGCAACCGUUUCUAAUGGUCCUCGCCCCUCCAGCUCCCCAUCAGCCUUUUGAUCCCGCGCCCCGACAUAAGGGCGUCUUCAGCAACGUGACCGCUGUCAGACAUCCGAACUUUAAUGUAGCUGAUAACGACAAACAUUGGCUCAUUUCAAUGCCGCCUUCCCCUCUGCCGGAAGUAAUGAUGCCAGAACUAGACCGCGUCUAUCGAUCACGUUGGGAAUCUUUGCUCGCCGUCGAUGAAAUGGUGGCGGAUGUCGUCGAAGCUUUGGACAGCAACUCUCUGCUAGAUAACACAUACAUUAUCUUUACUUCGGAUAACGGAUAUCAUAUAGGUCAGUUUUCCCAAGUAUACGAUAAAAGACAACCCUACGAGACGGAUAUAAAAGUGCCUUUAAUAAUAAAGGGGCCGGGUUUCCAAGAAAACGUCAAAAACGAUCAGCCGAUCGUUAACAUUGAUUUGGCGCCAACUAUAAUCAGUUUGGCGGGCUUGAAACCUCCCAAAACAAUGGAUGGGAAAGCUAUAGAUUUCAAUAAUGAUAUAACAAGGGAGGAAAGAACUUUCCUUGUGGAAUACUAUGGCGAAGCGAGAGAUGGGACAGUGGAUCCGAAAUGUCUAUGGAAUUACGAUGACGAAAAUCUUGCUCAAUGUUACCCGGAUUAUGAAUGUAAAUGUCAAGACUCAAGGAAUAACACUUAUGGAUGUAUUAGGCGCAUUACGAAAAGCAUCAAUAUGAAGUACUGUAUGUUCGCUGAUAAUGAGAAUUUCAUAGAAAUGUACGAUUUGACAAAAGAUCCGUACGAAUUGAACAACAUCGCGAACGAAAUUUUGCCUUCGAUUAAACAUUGGUACCAGCUAACACUGGCCCGAUUGUUGGCUUGCAGGGGAAAUGCCAACUGUGACCAUCCAUUUGACACUAAGAAUGUGAUUAUAUCGUAA